GGGAUAUUUAAAGUGCAGGUUGUGUUGGAUAUACAGUGUCCUCUUGGUGUCACUCUUAGCUUUUUGGCAGAAUGCUGCAAUCUGUACCUGGCUUCUUGCAGCACCCAAGUAAGAAGCCCGAGACUGGAAGGCAUUUGGCAAAAUUCAUCUGUGCCAAUUUUCAGUGAAGAAGGAACAUAAGGUACUUUCUCAAUCUGAAUCUGACAAGCUUUGACAAGGAUGUGAAUGAACCCAACAGGGACAGGAAGACGUUUUAAGGACUGAUCUGGAACACCUGGAGAGCCAGGGCUCUGACUGGCCUUGAACUUGUGGUCCUCCUGUCUUAGCCUCCCAAGUUGCUGGGAUUACACACUUGUGACGCCAUGCCCAGCUCAAGGUAAUGCUGAUGGUCACUAAAGUGUGAAAAGACCUGGAAUAACAGUGGUUCUCUGACCUUCCACACCCUGGAUUCACCUGGGAGCUUUAAAAGACUCUUGAAGCUUGGUCUUGUGAGGGAUAUGACAUGCUCAUGCAGUACCUUCAGCUGGUACAUGGGUGGAAGACGCUGACAUGGAAGAGGCAUGAAACUGGGAACUGAUAAUCAGAGUGACCGGCAUCCUAGAACACGGAGAAAUCCUCCUCUUCCGCCUCCCUUCCCCGCCUCCUGGUCUUUCCCUUUCCUCGAGGAAGCGAAUCGGACCGCGCAGGGCGUCGCGGUGCCCGGUGCUUUGCGGUGCGAGCGGUCUUAUUUUAAAAUAAAGCUGCACAACCAACCUCUAAGAUCAUUAACAUUGGCUGCAAAAAAGGAGAUAUUCUACCAUACACUUUUUCUUUGGAAGGAUUCAUGGAUUGAUUGGAUUUCUUCAAAAUGUCAGGUCCAGUCCCCACCACCUCUGAGCAACCCACAGGUGAAAUGGAUACUCCUCCUGACUACAAUUCUCAUUUUGUGCCAGGACCUCCUGGACCAGCUGUCCCUCCAUCUGCAGGUUACCCAGGCAGCUUGCCCAUGGGAUACUAUGGUCCACAGCUGCCCAGCACCUUCCCCUUAUACCAGCCAACUGGUAGGACCCAUCCUAUCCAGUAUCAGCCUGGCAAGUAUCCUGCGCCCAGUCAGCUUGCUCCAGUUCCAUGGAUGCCGCGGCCAUCUCCCAUGCCCAACUGCCCUCCUGGCCUGGAAUACUUAGUUCAGCUGGACAACAUACACGUUCUUCAGCAUUUUGAUCCCAUGGAAUUGGUGACAAAUUUUGAAACUAAUAACAGAUAUGAUAUUAAAAACAGCGCAGACCAGAUGGUUUAUGUUGUAAUUGAAGACACCGAUGACUUUACCAGGAACGCAUAUCGAACACUAAGGCCUUUCGUCCUCAGGGUCAUGGAUGUCAUGGGCCGAGAGAUCAUGACCAUGCAGAGACCCUUCCGAUGCACCUGCUGCUGCUUCUGCUGCCCCUCAGCCAGGCAAGAGCUGGAGGUGCAGUGUCCUCCUGGAGUCACCCUCGGCUUCGUCGCAGAGCACUGGAACCUGUGCCGAGCCGUCUACAGCAUCCAGAAUGAGAAGCGAGAGAACGUGUUGAGGGUGCGCGGACCCUGCUCGACCUACGGCUGUGGCUCCGACUCUGUGUUUGAGGUACAGUCCCUGGACGGUGUAUUCAGCAUUGGCAGCAUUAUCCGCAAGUGGAAUGGUCUCUUGUCCACCAUGGGAGAUGCUGACCACUUUGACAUCCGCUUCCCGUUGGACCUGGAUGUGAAGAUGAAAGCCAUGAUAUUUGGAGCUUGCUUCCUCAUUGACUUCAUGUAUUUUGAAAGAUCUCCACCACAACCUUCAUCAACAUAGACACAGCAAAUCAUCAAUUAUGGUUAAUGAAAAAUUGGAAAAAGCUGCCUUGGGCUUACAGUCAGCCCCCAAUUAUCUGCAAGUAUAUGUCUCUGCUUUGCAAAUUCUUUUUAUUGGCAAUCAGCUUUGAUAGCCAGACUGAGGGUAUGAGUGCAAGAUCACAGUCAGAACCUGUGUUUCAACUCAGUAUCUGUCUAGUGGGUGGACUGGGCCUUCCUUCUGGAAAGCUAUGACCAUUUGCCAAGGAAGCAUACACAAACAAGCUUUCUAAGGCUGUGGAACUGAGAUGAGGGAACAUGAAGCCAGAGUUCCCACACCUAUAGCUAGUGAAAUGAUGAACUGCUGUUGAUACAUGCCUUCUAUCUCUAGCCCUUUCCUCUCCUCUCCAUCAUCAUGUCCUUUUGUAGGAGGCAAACUUGAUUCCGGGUAAAAAUAAUUAUAAACUUCAUCUGUAAAGACCAAAGGGUAGACAGAAAUAUUACAUUGUAUUGUAAAAGGAAAUAUUUACUUGUGUACCAGUAUCAAAACCUCAUUCUGAGAUCCCAGUGGUUCAGGAGACUGAGGCAAAAGGAUCACGAGUUCAAAGCCAGCCUCAGCAACUUAGUGAGGCCCUAAGCAAUUCAGUGAGACCCAGUAUCUAAAGAAAAUAUAAAAAAUGGCUGGAAUGUAGCUCAGUGGUUGAGUGCCCCCCUGGGUUCAAUCUCUAGUAUCAAAAAGAAAAAAACAAAAAAACAAAACUUCUGCCAAGUUUAUAAAAGUUACAGUGAGAAAUUUGGUUUUAUUACAAAAUAAAACAUGUAUUCUUUUUUAUUAUAAUGUUGAUAUUUUACAUGCUAUUUUUUCAUUUUUGGGCAUGGACAAUCAGGAGCAGGGUCAGACUAUCAAGAACAGAGCUGACCAGGGUCACAGCUAAUCGAACUCAGCAUCUUAGGGCAUUAGUGUCCUUAUAGGAACCCUGUGUUCAACACAUCUAUACAUAAUAAUUUGCACAUUUAAUGCAGAAUGUUUGUUGGUCACCAGUGCCUUACAUAUGAAUCUCAAAUAUUGCCUGUUGAAUCUUUUUAUCUAACUGGAUGUGACACAAGAUAAAUAACUUUUUUUUUUUCUUUUGAAUUCCCGGGUGACCAUGAAACUGUUCCAAUGACAAGAAAUGUAGACAUGUUUUUGAAAUGUAACAUUUUGUGUAGCAGUUUAUAAAAGUUCAAGCUACAAAUCCCGAUGCUGCUUAAGACUGCUUUGCUGCUUUUUAUUUACAUAAUGAAUAAAUCUCUACACAAAGAGUAAAACACAGUCCUCAUGCUACUUUGCAUGAUCUGCAGAUUAUCAAUGAGGAUUAUGCAGGACCAACAGAGUUGAAGUAUCCCUUGUGCUUGUUUUCAUUUAAAAACAGGCACAAUGGAGCACACCUGUAAUCCCAGCCACUCUGGAGGCUGAGGUAAGAGGAUUGCAAGUUCGAGAUCAACCUCACCAACUCAGUGAGGCCCUAAGGACUUAGA